AUGGCCACCACAACAAGCCUCGACCCGGCCGCCCGGCCGCCCAUCUCCUCCGUCCUCCCGCCUCUGUUCUUGGGGACGGCGACGUUCAACACCCAGCACGUCAAAGACCCCCUCCAGAUGCCCUACCGCGAGAUCGUCUCGAGGGCCCUCGAGCUCGGCGUCAACGGCUUCGACACCUCGCCGUACUACGGCCCCUCCGAGGUCCUCCUCGGCGACGCGCUGGCCGCCCACGCCGCCGCCACAAACGCCCCCAGAGACUCCUACGUCCUCGUGACCAAGGCCGGCCGCAUCGCCGGCAACGAGUUCGACUACUCGCCCGCCUACGUCCGCCACUCCGUCCUCCGCUCCCUCAAGCGCCUCAACACCACCUACCUCGACCUCGUCUACAUGCACGACGUCGAGUUCGUCUCCCCCGCGGAAGUCCUCGCCGCCGUCCGCACCCUGCGCCAGCUGCGCGACGAGGGCCACAUCCGCUACGUCGGCAUCAGCGGGUUCCCCGUCCACGUCCUCUGCGGCCUCGCCGAGAUGGUCCUCGCCGAGACGGGCGAGCCGCUCGACGCCGUCCUGAGCUACGGCCACUUCACCAUCCAGAACCCGACCCUCGGCCUGCCCGAGGUCGUCGCCGGGCCCGACCACAACGACGACCGGAGCCCGCUGCGGAGGUUCCGCAACGCCGGCGUCCAGGUCGUCCUGAACGCCAGCAUGCUCGGCAUGGGCCUGCUCACGUCGACCGGCAUCCCGCCGAGCUGUGGCCCCGAAGGCGCCGCCGAGCAGGGCAAGGCCGGCGUCAUCGCGUCGUGGCACCCGUCGCCUGACGAGCUGCGCGCCGCCUGCAGGCAGCUCUCGACGAUCGCGACUGCGGCCGGCGAGCGCCUCGAGACCGUCGCCCUCCACUGGUCCAUGGAGGAGUACGCCCGCGUCGGCGCGCUCGCCGGUCUCGGCGUCCAGCUGCCGGGUCAGAGCGGCCUGCGGGUCGGCGGCAGUGUCAUGGGCGUGACCAGCACCGCCGAGCUGGAGCAGACGGUGCUGGCAUGGCGCCAUGUGCUCCAGGGGCUCGCCGGUGGCGGCCCCGGUCGGGCCCCCUCGACCGCGAGGUACGAGAAGCUCAAGGCGCUCGUGGAGCAAGAGAUGUGGCCGGCGCUGGGCGUCUGGAAGGGCUACAGCUGGGCCAGCCCGGACGACGGCUUCGAGAACGAGAGGGCCGCGGAGGACAUGGGCUCGGUGCCUGAGGAGGAUGAGCUGAUGAACUUGGUGACCAGGAUCCCGAGCAACUUGUAA